UGGAAUGUGGACAUGUGCCAGCAAUACGACCGUGCACUUUCACAGAGGCGCUGUCGCAACCCACAGGGAUGGCCACAUGGACGCCCUGUGCGGCUCGGGAGAGCUCGGCUCCAAGUUCUGGGACUCCAACCUGUCUGUGUACACCGACACUCCGGACCUGACCCCAUGUUUCCAGAACUCCCUCCUCGCCUGGGUCCCCUGCAUCUACCUGUGGGUGGCUCUGCCCUGCUACCUGGUCUACCUGCGGCACCAUCACAGCGGCUACAUCGUCCUCUCCCACCUGUGCAGGCUCAAGACGGCCCUGGGCGUCCUGCUGUGGUGUAUCUCAUGGGCCGAUCUCUUCUACUCCUUCCACGGUCUGAGCCGCGGCUGGGCUCCUGCCCCAGUCUUCUUUGUCACACCUCUGGUGGUGGGGAUCACCAUGCUGCUGGCCACGCUGCUGAUCCAGUAUGAGCGGCUGCGGGGCGUGCAGUCCUCCGGAGUCCUCAUCAUCUUCUGGUUCCUGUGUGCGCUCUGCGCCAUCAUCCCCUUCCGCUCCAAGAUCCUGUCGGCCGUGAUGGAGGGUGCAAUCGCAGACCCCUUCCGCUUCACCACCUUCUCCGUCUACUUUGCCCUGGUGCUCUGCGCCCUCGUCCUGUCCUGCUUCACGGAGAAACCGCCACUUUUCUCCCUGAAGAGCACGGAUCCUAAUCCCUGCCCAGAGGCCAGUGCUGGCUUCCUCUCCCGCUUGACUUUCUGGUGGUUCACAAAGCUGGCUAUCCUCGGCUAUCGGCGUCCCCUGGAGGAGCAGGACCUCUGGUCCCUGAAUGAGGAGGACAGCUCCCAUGUGGUGGUGCAACGGCUGCUCAAGGCCUGGCAGAAGCAGCAGAAGCAAGCUGCCGGGCCUCAGGCUACAGCACCUGGAGAGAAAGACGUCCUGCUGGGGGGCCGGCUCAAGUCCCGAAGGCCCUCCUUCCUGUGGGCCCUGCUGAACACCUUUGCCUCCAGCCUCCUGAUCAGCGCCUGCUUCAAGCUCAUCCAGGACCUCCUCGCCUUCGUCAGCCCACAGCUGCUCAGCCUGCUCAUCCGGUUUAUUUCGAACCCCACGUCGCCCACCUGGUGGGGCUUCCUGCUGGCCGGGCUGAUGUUCGCGAGCGCCAUGAUGCAGACGCUGAUCUUUCACCAGUACUGCCACUGCAUCUUCGUGUCCGCCUUGCGGCUGCGUACGGCCAUCAUUGGUGUCGUCUACAGGAAGGCACUGGUCAUCACCAACUCAGUCAAACGUACGUCCACGGUGGGAGAAAUGGUCAACCUCAUGUCGGUGGACGCCCAGCGCUUCAUGGACGUCUCCCCCUUCCUCAACCUCCUGUGGUCAGCACCCCUGCAGGUCUUCCUGGCAAUCUACUUCCUCUGGCAGAUUCUGGGCCCAUCAGUCCUGGCUGGAGUGGCUGUCAUAGUCUUGCUGAUUCCACUCAAUGGAGCCGUGGCCAUGAAGAUGCGAGCCUUCCAGGUGCAGCAGAUGCAGUUCAAGGACUUGCGCAUCAAGCUGAUGAGCGAGAUCCUGAAUGGCAUCAAGGUGCUGAAGCUGUACGCCUGGGAGCCCAGCUUCUUGGAGCAGGUGGAAAGCAUCAGGCAGAACGAGCUCCAGCUGCUGCGCAAGGGCGCCUAUCUUCAGGCCAUCUCCACCUUCAUCUGGAUCUGCACUCCCUUCCUGGUGACCCUGAUCACCCUCGGGGUGUACGUGUGCGUGGACGAGAACAAUGUGCUGGAUGCUGAGAAGGCCUUUGUGUCUGUGUCAUUGUUCAACAUCCUCAAGAUGCCCCUCAACAUGCUGCCUCAGUUAAUAAGCAAUCUGACCCAGACUAGUGUGUCUCUGAAACGAAUCCAGCAUUUCCUGGACCAAGAUGAACUUGACUCCCAGUGUGUGGAGAGAAAUACCAUCUCCCCAGGCCAUGCCAUCACCAUACACAAUGGAACCUUCACCUGGGCCCAGGACCUGCCGCCCACCUUGAACAGUGUAGACCUCCAGAUCCUGAAGGGGUCAUUGGUGGCUGUGGUGGGGCCAGUGGGCUGUGGGAAGUCUUCUCUCAUGUGUGCCCUGCUAGGAGAGAUGGAGAAACUAGAAGGCACAGUGUGUGUGAAGGGUUCUGUGGCCUAUGUGCCCCAGCAAGCGUGGAUCCAGAACUGCACGCUACAAGAAAACGUGCUGUUUGGCAGAGCCAUGAACCCUAAACGCUACCAACAGGCUCUGGAGACCUGUGCUCUGCUACCUGACCUGGAGGUGCUACCUGGUGGGGACCAGACAGAGAUCGGAGAGAAGGGUAUUAACCUGUCUGGGGGCCAGCGGCAGCGUAUCAACCUGGCCCGAGCUGUUUACAGCGACGCGGACAUUUUUUUGCUGGAUGACCCACUGUCAGCUGUAGACUCCCAUGUGGCCAAACAUAUCUUUGACCAAGUGAUUGGGCCAGAAGGUGUGCUGGCAGGCAAGACUCGCGUGCUAGUGACACACGGCAUCAGCUUCCUGCCCCAGAUGGACUUCAUCAUAGUGCUAGCCGACGGACGGGUGUCUGAGAUGGGCCACUACGCGGCCCUUCUGCAGCACGACGGCUCCUUUGCUAACUUCCUCCGGAACUACACGCUGGAUAAGGAUGAGGAACACCUGGAGGAGAGCACGAUCGCCUUGGAAGAUGGAGAAGAGGUACUUCUGAUCGAAGACACUCUCAGCACCCACACAGACCUGACGGACAGCGAGCCAGUCAUGUACGAGGUCCGCAAGCAGUUUAUGAGACAGCUUAGUUCCAUGUCAUCAGAAGGGGAGGGCCAGAGCCGGUCUGUGCCCAGGAGACACACAAAACCACUAGAGAAGGCGACACAGGGGACGGUGACAAAGACAAAGGAGACUGGGGUGCUAAUUCAAGAGGAGAAGGCGGAGACUGGCACCGUGAAGCUGAGGGUGUACUGGGAUUAUGCCAAGGCAAUGGGACUCUGCACCACCCUGGCUAUCUGUCUCCUGUAUGCUGGCCAAAGUGCAGCUGCCAUUGGCGCCAACGUGUGGCUCAGUGCCUGGAGUAACGAGGCAGUGGUGGAUGGCAGACAGAACAACACCUCCCUGAGGCUGGGCGUCUACGCGUCCCUGGGAAUUCUGCAAGGGCUGCUGGUGAUGCUGUCAGCCUUCACCAUGGCGGUGGGCGCCAUCCAGGCCGCGCGCCUGCUGCACAAGGCCCUGCUGCACAACAAGAUGCGCUCGCCGCAGUCCUUCUUCGACACGACGCCCUCGGGCCGCAUCCUCAACCGCUUCUCCAAGGACAUCUACGUCAUCGACGAGGUUCUGGCCUCCACCAUCCUCAUGCUGUUUAAUUCCUUCUUCACCUCCAUCUCCACCAUCGUGGUCAUCGUGGCCAGCACGCCGCUCUUCAUCGUGGUGGUCCUGCCUCUGGCUGGGCUCUACACCUUCACACAGCGUUUCUACGUGGCCACGUCACGGCAACUGAAGCGGCUGGAGUCGGUCACUCGCUCUCCCAUCUACUCCCACUUUUCAGAGACGGUGACCGGCACCAGCGUCAUCCGGGCCUAUGGCCGCAGCGAAGACUUCAAGAUUCUCAGCGAUACUAAGGUGGACGCCAACCAGCAGAGCUGCUACCCCUACAUCGCUUCCAACAGGUGGCUGGGCAUCCAAGUGGAGUUUGUGGGCAACUGCGUUGUGCUCUUUGCAGCACUGUUUGCAGUGAUUGGGAGAAGCAGCCUGAAUCCGGGGCUCGUGGGUCUUUCUGUGUCCUAUGCUUUACAGGUGACAAUGGCUCUGAACUGGAUGAUACGAAUGAUGUCAGACUUGGAGUCCAAUAUUGUGGCUGUGGAGAGAGUCAAAGAGUACUCCAAGACCGAGACGGAGGCCCCCUGGGUAGUGGAGGGCAGGCGUCCUCCGGAAGGCUGGCCCCAGCACGGAGAGGUGGAGUUCCGGAAUUACUCAGUGCGGUACCGCCCGGGCUUGGAGCUGGUGCUGAAGAACCUCACGGUGCGCGUGCGAGGUGGGGAGAAGAUUGGCAUCGUGGGCCGAACCGGGGCUGGGAAGUCCUCCAUGACCCUCUGCCUGUUCCGCAUCCUGGAGGCCGCAGAGGGUGAGAUUCUCAUCGAUGGCCUCAACGUGGCGGACCUGGGGCUCCACGACCUGCGUUCUCAGCUCACCAUCAUCCCCCAGGACCCCAUCCUGUUUUCGGGGACCCUGCGCAUGAACCUGGACCCCUUUGGCCGAUACUCUGAGGAGGACAUCUGGAGGGCCCUGGAGCUGUCCCACCUGCACACGUUUGUGAGCGACCAGCCAGAAGGCCUGGAUUUCCAGUGCUCUGAGGGUGGGGAGAACCUCAGUGUUGGCCAGAGGCAGCUCGUGUGCCUGGCUCGAGCCCUGCUCCGUAAGAGCCGUGUCCUGGUUUUGGACGAAGCCACAGCUGCCAUUGACCUGGAGACUGACGACCUCAUCCAGGGGACCAUUCGCACCCAGUUCGAUGCCUGCACCGUGCUGACCAUUGCCCACCGACUCAACACCAUCAUGGACUACACCAGGGUUCUAGUCUUGGACAAAGGGGUGGUAGCUGAAUUUGAUUCUCCAACAAACCUCAUUGCAGCUGGAGGUAUCUUCUACGGGAUGGCCAAAGAUGCAGGACUUGCCUAAAAUACAUUCGUGGGGUUUCCUCCUGGUCUUUCCUAGGAGGAGAACACCAUGUGUCCACACAAUGGACUUGGUGGAAAUCAGCAGGGGCAUCUGUGAAAUUGUCUCUGUAAAGCACCUUGCAGAACAGCCACGCUUAUGACAGACAGGAAUGAGAAAGGCCCUAGAAGACGCUCAGCCGGAGGUGACAGCUACUUGGAGGACAGACUAGAACCUGGGUCUCCUGGUUCCCAUCUAGCCUAAUUCCCACACUGAUCUGUUUUUAGAGGAUGAUUUCCCUCCUGCC